ACAGAACCGCAAAGCCUGCCGGGAGCUUGGUGCGCGAUGGCGACACCCAGCCUGCGGGGUCGCCUGGCACGGUUUGGGAACCCGCGGAAGCCUGUGCUGAAGCCCAAUAAACCUCUCAUUCUAGCUAACCGCGUCGGGGAGCGGCGCCGGGAGAAGGGCGAGGCGACUUGCAUCACGGAGAUGUCGGUGAUGAUGGCUUGCUGGAAGCAGAAUGAAUUCCGCGACGAGGCGUGCAGAAAAGAGAUCCAGAGCUUCCUCGAUUGUGCCACGAGGGCUCAGGAAGCCCGAAAGAUGAGAUCAAUACAGGAAACCCUGGGAGAGUCUGGGAGUUUACCUCCAAAUAAAUUGAAUAAGUUGUUACAGAGGUUUCCUAACAAACCUCGCCUCAGCUGAAAAUGGACAAGUAUUUUCAAUGACUGAAAUAUAGCUUCUGACAACUAUGCAGAGGCAUUUUAGAGACACUGGCAUUGCCAUGCCCUCUUUGGAGGGUAGAAGAGACAAAACACUUUUUUCACCCUUUGGAAUCGUAGUAUGGGUAGAAGUUAUGAUUUAUCUUGAAAUAAAAUCCUCUGAAGAGAA